GUAUAUAUAUAUAUAAAACCUUAAAAUUCUUAUAACAACGGUUCUAUGGUUCUACAGCUCUCUGGUCUGUGCUUUAAGACCUCCAAGGAGGGGAAGCCCAAUGUCCCUAUAAAUCAUUGGAUUCAGGAUCAAACCAUUCCAUCCCCUCAAGACAACAUCAAACAUUAAAAAAACACUUCCCCAUAAAGGCCUGCUUUCAGAUGUCUUCCAAUUAUUUAUCUCCUUGGCUUGUGGGUAGUAUAACUCCAUACCCUCCAACAUUUAUCCGAUGAAAAUAGGGACAUCCUAAGGAAAGAAAUCAGAAACCUGAAAAUCUGGGGCUGUCCCUGGAAAACAGGGACACUUGGAGAGUCCGCUCUGCGUGUGUGUGAGAGAGAAAAAGAGACACACAGAGAAAGAAUAAUUCAAGCAGCUGUGAUUUCUUUGGGGGGUGGGGCCCUGAAGGCAGCUCCUGCCAACUCAGUCCUCCGAAGAACCUAGGAACUGAGCUGCGGUUCCUAGAGAGGCAGGAAGUUUUCCCCAUGUGUGGGAGUUGAGGGUAGAAUUGCAAGACAAUGGUGCCUUCGCCUCCCUUCGCAUCCCAGCAAAAGGAAGACAGGGCAGGUGAGAUUCAGCAGGAGGGAGAGAGGGAAGGAAGGAAGGAAGGAAGGAAGGAAGGAAGGAAGGAAGGAAGGGUGUGUUUGUGCAGAAAAAGACAAGACCCCCCCCCCCAAAAAAAUGAAUAAAUUGGGAGGACUGGGCGACACUGGAGGGAUGGAUUGGGAGAGGCGGCAGGUGGGAACGGGGAGAAUUUUCCCUUUUUGGAGAGAAAGGGGAAGUCUAGCUCCUCUCUUAGACUCGCAGGUGGCGGGAGGGGGGGUCGUGAUCUGUGCAAUCCGAAAGGGGAUCCACAUAUCUGCCACGUUUCCAUUGCACGAUCCCCUUUGAAGCAACAGCCCCGCCUCCCCGCCCAUCCCAUCAUUCAUUCGCAUGGGGAAUGUGUGGGUUGGGGGAAAGCAGAGGGUGCCUGGGAAUCAGCCCUGCUUGCGAGGUGGGGGAAGAGAGGGAGGUGAAAAAGACCCCCCCCAAAAAAAGACUCCGAGCUCCUCCAGCUGCAAAGGGGGUCUGCCCUCCAAGCCCCGCUCCCGCUUUGCAUUGUCUUCCUACCCUCCCUUCGCAUUCAGAUCUCUCUCCACUCACCCCGGGACAGAAGAUGGGAGGACUGCAGAAUCAUGCCAUUGUAGAGUUGGAAGGGAACCCAGAGGGGCAUCUAGUCCAGCCCCGCUGCGAUGCAAGAAUCCCUGCCGGGAGACUUGUUGAAAUACUUGUUUUCCCUCUCCCAGGGAUAGGCUGGCUCAGACCCGCUAGGAAAGAGAGUUCGGAUCUGGUGCACUUUGCACCUAGAAUCAUAGAAUGGUAAUAAUAAUAAUAAUAAUAAUUUAUACCCCUCCCUUCCCAGUUCAGUGCCUGGCGUUCUCUGGUCCAUGGGGUCACGAAGAGUUGGACAUGACUAAACGACUAAACAACAACAAGUGUGUUCAGGGGUCUCUCUUCCUUUGAUAGUUGAAAGUAAUAAUAAUAAUAAAAAAUAAUAAAUUUUUAUUUAUACCCUGCCCUUCCCAGUUCAGAAAACCGGGCUCAGCUAACAGGGCAGCUAACAAAAAAUUUAAAACACUUAAUUGAUGCAACAACAAAAAAACCAGCAUAAAAUACAGUAUAAAAUGUGAAUAACAAUAAAUUCAGAAUUCAAAAAUCAAUUUAGGGGCUAAAUUAGUCCUACUUGGGCCAGCGAGGAGACCAGGGGAGAAUUAGCUGUGGGAUCCCAUAGUAGGCAAUCUUCAUAAAAAGGGAAGGAAGGGGAAUAAAAGAUCAGGCUAAGUUCAAAUUGAAAGCCAGGCAGAAUAGCUCUGUCUUACAGGCCCUGCGGAAGGAAGUUAAAUCCUGCAGGGCCCUGGUCUCAUGGGACAGAGCAUUCCACCAGGUCGGAGCCAUCACUGAGAAGGCCUUGGCCCUGGCGGAGGAUAAUCUAACUUCCUUAGGGCCCGGGACCUCUAAACUAUGGUUAUUCAUGGACCUUAAGGUCCUCUGCAGGGCAUACCAGGUAGAGUUGGGAGGCAGUCCCAGGGGUCAUCUAGUCCAACCCCCUGCAAUGCAGGAAUCUCAGCUGAAGCAUCUGUGACAAAUGAGCUGGGCUAGCUCAGUCGGUAGUGCAUGGGACUCUUAAUCUCAGGGUUGUGGGUUUGAGCCCCACAUUGGGUGAAAUAUUCCUGCAUUGCAGGGGGUUGGACUAGAUGACCCUCGGGGUCCCUUCCAAUUCUACCAUUCUAUGAUUCUAUGAACCUCUGCUUCAAAACCUCCAAGGAAGGAGAGUCCACCAGCUCCUGAGGGAGACUGUCCCACUGCCGAACAGCUCUUACUGUCAGAAAGUUCUUCCUGAUGUUGCGUCGGAAUCUCCUUUUGUGUAACUUAAAUCCAUUGGUACAGAUCCUGCCCUCCAGAGCAGGAGAAAACCUGCUUAGCUUUUAUGCCUGUGGCUUGCUUUUCCUUGUGUCUGGGAGUGCUCCCUUGCCUUCACCAAACUGGUGCGCUCCAGAUUGUGGCUGGACUACAACUCCCAUCAGCCCCAGCCAUUAUCACUAAUGGUGAAAGAGGGUGGGAGCUGUAGUCCAGCCACACCUGGCAGGGAAACUGGCAUCGGAUUCAUGCUUCCCCCGUCUCCCCCACAGCCACUGCGAUGCCAUCGGAGGCCCUACCUAGAUCGUCUCUUUGGGCUGGAGCGCAAAAUCCAGCAGACGCCUCAGGUAAGGGAAGGGACUCGUGGGGAGAGAUGGAGGAGGCAGCUGGGGGCCUUCCUUUGGGGUCACGAUGUGUUUGUAUGCAGGGAGGGGUUCAGGAACUGACAGAAUAUUCCUCUUUCUGUUCACAUUUGGCACUGCAAGAUGUUAUUGCUUCCGCUUUCCCAACUGCAGAAUCAGCCUUGUCCAUUUCAUAUAUAUUUUAAAAUACUUUUCAGGUUUAAAUAUUUCACUGAUUUUACAAUCAUUUUGACAUUUCAAAGCUUGACUUCCUUCCCCCUCCUUCUGCGGUUCCUUAAAUUUAUAUUUAAUGUCUUCUGCAUAUCCAAAUUAACUUAAUUUGCUCAUUUAUUCAUCUUCUUUAAAUAUAUACUCUUAUGAAACUGAAGGUUAUUACAGUAAUCCUGCCAAUGUUCUUAUCUGUUUACAAUUUAUUUGUAAAAUGUUCAAUAGACAAUUUCAAUUCUUUUAUAAAAAGUUUAUUAAACAAAAAGAGUUAAAAAUGAAACACCCCUCUCUUGCCUCACCCCAUGAACAGUGCUGCAUUCAGUGGUUCUCCUGCCCCCCCCCAUCUGAUUGGGGGGGGGGCACUGAGGUGGGAGGAGGGGGAAAGCACUGUUGCACUGAGAAGACUGGAAAUGUUUGUUGAAUAUAUGGCGGGGGGAAUUGUGUACACUUGAAAACGUUGGCAGCAUUAAGAUAAAUUCAACAGUGUAAAUAAGCUUUGAUGGAUGUAAUAAUGGAAUACUGUAUGGUUUAGUUUACCUAAAAUAUGCAGGGAUUUUUGAUAUGCAAAAUGAACCAUGGAAGGAGAAGAAAGAAAGUCAUGGAUAUUUUAAGGUUGUUUAAAUGAGUAUUCUAAAUUGUAAAACAGAAAAUUUAAUAAAAAUUACAUACAUAUAUAAAAAGAAAGCACUUUUGCAGUAACAAGGGACGCGGGUGGCGCUGUGGUCUAAACCACAGAGCCUAGGGCUUGCCAAUCAGAAGUUCGGCGGUUCGAAUCCCUGCGACGGGGUGAGCUACCAUUGCUCAGUCCCUGCUCCUGCCAACCUAGCAGUUCGAAAGCACGUCAAAGUGCAAGUAGAUCAAUAGGUACCACUCCGGAGGGAAGGUAAACGGCGUUUCCGUGCGUUGCUCUGGUUCGGCAGAUGUGGCUUAGUCAUGCUGGCCACAUGACCCGGAAGCUGUCUGCGGACAAACGCCGGAACCCUCAGCCUAUAGAGCGAGAUGAGCACACAACCCCUGAGUCGUCCGCGACUGGACCUAACGGUCAGGGGUACCUUUACCUUUACCUUUGCAGUAACAGGACUCACAACACUGGCUCUUGCCAGCACAACUAUUUAGUUGAAUUUGGUUGUAAGAAUCCCAUUGCUGCAUUUUUCAUAAGCCUCCACACUAUUGGUAAAAAUACAAUACAAUACAAUACAAUACAAUACAAUACAAUACAAUACAAUACUCUCUCAGCAGCUUUGUGAGUUUCCCCCUGCUUGGCUUAUGUGUCUGUCUAGCUUAUUCAUUGGCCACUGUUCAAAUCAUAAUAAUAUUAUAAUAAUUUAUUAUUUAUACCCCGCCCAUCUGGCUGGGUCUCCCCAGCCACCCUGGGCGGCUUCCAACAAAGUAUUAAAAUACAGUGUUCAAAGAGGGAGCAGUGAUACACGUGGGGGAAACUACCUUCAAAUGAAGAAUCCUCCUUUCUUUCAGCAGAGAAGAAGGUGACUGCGUAUUUCGCCAAGGGGGAGUAAAAUCUCCCGGAUCCAGGCCACAGAGCUUUGUACAAGGAAGCCACGAUGGAGAGUUGUGGGAAUCUGCACUCUGUGGGUAAAGAUCUCUUUGGCUGAUUGAGGCUGGAGAGGGGGAAUUCCUGUUCUGAGUAUUUGCCACCACAAUGGAGGGGUUCCAGCAUGGAACAUGGUCAGUGCAUCUGGCUGUUAACCAGAAGGCUGGUGGUUCAAGCCCUGGGAGGGAUGGCUAUGAACAGUAUUAAUGCAUCGCAGGGGUUGGGCUGGAUGACCCUUGGGAUCCCUUCCAAAUCUAUGAUUCUAUAAAAUAUUUUUACCAAUAAAUAAACUGGUUUUAUUCUUUUGUUAUUAUUUUACUUUCAAAUAGUGCACCUGCUAAGCACCAGGGCUUGGGCAUUGUAGUGAACUUUGGAAUAAAGCUUUUGGAAAUAAUCAUGCAAAAUGUUGCAGUCAGCAAUCUUUAGAGCUGAGAGGAAUACAGCUGAGUGCCUGUUGUAAGCCAGAUUUCAGUAGCGUGCACAGAGAAGAAUGGGGAGAAUUUUGGAGCUGUUGUCAUUAGAGAAAAGGCUAAUUUGACUCAGUCCCCUGAUGAGAUUUCUGCCUUGAACUCCUAACAUGAAGUUUUUCUUUUCUGCACGCAGGCCUCAGACAGAAGGACAAUGAGAAUUCUGCGGAGCCAUCUGAGGUGUCAUCAGAAACGGCCAAGCAUUCAGUGGGGAAGGAGCUUGGUAUUCAAAGGGGAUGGAAAAAGCACAUGGGAAACCAACCAAAGGCAGGGAGGAAGAGAUUCUCUGCUUCUCAGGGUGCCAGUGUCCACAAACUCCUAAUCCCACAGGAAGAUCAGAAAGGAAAUAGAAAAGAAAAAUGCCCGGCGUGUGGGAAAACAUUCAAAGAUAAAUCAAACUUGAGCAGGCAUUGUAGAACCCACACAGGGGAGAAACCAUAUGAGUGCCUGGAAUGUGGAAAGAGCUUUGGUCACAGCCACCAUCUUACCGUUCAUCAGAGAACUCACACUGGGGAGAAACCCUAUAAAUGCACACAUUGCGGAAAAGCCUUCAGCGAUAGUGGAAGCCUUACUACCCAUGAAAGAAUUCAUACAGGGGAGAAACCAUACAAGUGUACGGACUGCGGAAAGAGCUUCAGCAACAGCGGAAGUCUUCAUACACAUAGAAGGACUCACACGGGUGAAAAACCGUAUAAGUGCCUGGAAUGUGGAAAGAACUUCAUCCACAGCGGAAGCCUUCAUGCGCAUCAGAGAAUCCACACAAGGGAGAAAAUGUAUACAUGCGUGGACUGCGGGAAGUGUUUUGCUUCUGGCAGCCCCUUUAACACACAUCCCGAAAUCCACACGGAGGAGAAACCUUAUAAAUGUAUGGCGUGUAGAAAGAGGUUCAUCAGUAGUGGAAGCCUUAAUUCUCUGCAAAUAAUUCACUCAGGGGAGAAACCAUACGAGUGUGUUGUGUGUGGGAAAAGCUUCAUCGACGGCAAAAGUCUGACUGUGCAUGAAAUAACUCACACGGGGGGGAAGCCAUAUAAGUGCCUGGAGUGCGGGAAAAGCUUCCGCCAAAGCUAUAAUCUUACAUCACAUCAGAAAACUCACACCGGGGCGAAACCUUACAAAUGCAUGGCGUGUGGGAAAAGCUUCAGUCGUAGUGGGAGCCUUCUUUCCCAUCAGAGAACCCACACAGGAGAGAAACCCUAUAAGUGCAUGGAGUGUGGAAAGAGCUUCAUUGAGAGCCAGCAGCUUACUUUACAUCAAAGAACUCACACGGGAGAGAAGCCCUAUAAAUGCGCAGAGUGCGGGAAGACCUUCAGCACGAGCGGAAGCCUUAACAGACACCAAACGACUCACACAGGGGAGAAGCCCUUUCAAUGUGCUGAGUGUAGGAAGAAUUUCAGCCAGAGGACACACCUUACGAAACAUGAAAGAACGCACACGGGCGAGAAGCCCUACAAAUGUGCGGAGUGCGGGAAAAGUUUCAGCACGGGCGGAAGCCUUCACAGACAUCAGACGACCCACACAGGGGAGAAACCUUUCGAAUGCGCGGAAUGCGGGAAAAGCUUCAGUCGUCGAGGGAAUCUCAAUACACAUCAGAGAACCCACACAGGGGCAAAGCAACGUAAACGUGUGGAAUGUGAGAAAAGCUUCGGUGCAGGUGGCAGCCAUACCUCGUAUCAGUGGAUCAGUGAAGAUGGUUAGCUGUUUCUGGUAUAAAUAUCUGUAUUAAUGUGCAUUUGUUAGUUUCAAUAAUGAGGGUAGCCGUGAGGGGCAAGACUUUUCUGGCACCUGAAAGACUGAAACCAAUUUACAGUGGUGCCUCGCAAGACGAAAUUAAUCCAUUCCGCGAGUCUCUUCGUCUAGCGGUUUUUUCGUCUUGCGAAGCAACCCUAUUAGCGGAUUAGCGCUAUUAGUGUCUUAGCGGCUAUUAAAGGCUUAGCGGCUAAAAGGCUAUUAGCGGCUUAGCGGCUUAGAAAAAGGGGGGGGAGCAAAAAAAACCUCAAGACUGGCAAGACAUUUUCGUCUUGCGAAGCAAGCCCAUAGGGAAAUUCGUCCUGCGAAGCGCAUCGAAAAACGGAAAACCCUUUCGUCUAGCGGGUUUUUCGUCUUGCGAGGCAUUCGUCUUGCGGGGCACCACUGUAUUGAGGCGUAAGCUUUUAUGGCCUAAAGUUCACAUCAUCAGCUACAUGGUUUUAUCUUGGUCAGGAGGCACUCCCCAAUUUGUGCACCCCCCUCAAUUUUUGUGGGGGUUCCAUUCCAGGUCACUGUGCAUGUCAACAGUGCACAGGUAAGCCCACCACACCCCAUUGCACCCACUUCCGGGGCCAAAAAUGGUAUACACCUGCUUUGAACACGUGGUCUGUGUGUGUGGUUUGGGAGCUGCACGGUCAGGGGAAAAACAAUGCUGUCCAGGGUUGUAAAGACUGCGGAGAGAAUAAUUGGAUGCACUCUUCCCACCUUGGAGCAAAUCUACGCUUCCAGGUGCUAUAAGAAAGCUGCAGAGAUAGCGCAGGAUAUGAUCUCUUUCAGCUUCUGCCUUCUGGAAGAAGGUACAGGGUUAUAAAGACUAGGACUAGCCACCUGAGAAACAGUUUCUACCCAAAUGCAAUUUUGGUUUUAAAUGCAGUGUAAGGAGUCUCUAUGGGAGUAUAUUGUAUUUUUAAAAUGGGGUUUGAGAGUUUUUAGGGGGCUAACCAGGUUGGGAUAGCUGGGAUAGCAGGCUUGUUGGUUUUGAAUGUCUUAUGUAGAUUAUUUUUUUUCAAUUUUGUUGUUCUGUAUGGGACAAUGACAGUAAAGAUUAUCGUAUCAUAUCAAAUGGGGAGUUGCCUGUAUACGCAUGUGGGGUGUACAAAGAAAAAUGAAAAUAUUGAGGUUUGAUGGAAAGGAAAUGCAGAAAAUUCUGUGACAAUUAAGUGAAGCUUCAAGGAAAAAGAGUG